AAAAAUUCUCAAAAUAUUGAAAAUCGAAAAUCCGAUGCUCCAUCUAGUAACACUGAAGAAAAAGAAGUUCUAGAUGUAACUGAAGAAGUUGAAGCUAAAGCUGCUGUAGGCAUUUCUCAAAUACCUUCAAAUGUAAAGAUUAUUGAACGAGAGUUACCAAAUUCCCAAGAAGCCUCUUCAGAAAAACAGGAGGACAUAAUAAAUUCACCUGGUGCAGGAGAACAAGAAAUUCCCCAGCAGCUAAAAUUGGAAGAUAUUUCGGCUAUAAAUAACCAAGAAUCUUGUCAGAAUCUGAACAGUCCUCAUCAACAAUCUCAAAUUCAAGAAAACAUUAACAAGCAAAAGGAAAAUGAGGCACAAGGAAAUAUUCUCACCCAAAAUACUUUGGAAGAAUCUCAAACAGAAGUAAAGUCCAAUGACAAAGAGAAGAAAGCAGAGGAAAUUCCCUUAAAUCUUCAGGAUAAUUCAAAAGGAUCAUCUGAGCCUAACCGCGGUUCACAAGAAAAUCAAUCUGAAAACAAUUCAAAUGCCGAACCACAGGAACUUCAACAAACCAAUAAAGAUCUUCCAAACAGUUGCGAUGAAAUGCCGAAACCACAAAUAGAGAUAUCCUACUAUGAACAUCAAGAAGCCACUGAACGUCCCAUAACAUCCCUAACCUCUUCGUUGAAUGGCAAUAUUACCGAUUUCAUUGGAGUUCCCGAGGAAAUACUAAAAGAAUUCGACGAAGAAUAUUUGCCACCACCACCGCCGCCAUUACUUCUGCCACCCGAUGAUGAUAGCAGUAUGCAAUCGCAGACUCCUUCACCACCACCACCUCCCCCAGUGCUCACCUCAUCAAUGACGGCGUCACAGACCAUUGAUGAACUUUUAUCGGAAAUUACAGAUAAUCUCACAUUGGCCGGUAUUAAUGAUGAAGUUUUGGCCAUUGCAUCGCCUCCUCAAAAAUCUGAGCACAGCCCCCUAUCCUCAAAGAACUCAUUGAACAACUCUAAAACCACACCAAAAACUCCCACCAACAAUGGAGCCCCACAACAAACGACAGCUGCUGGUCCAGCUGCUACAUCGCCUGCCGUCUUUGAGGCCAAUUCAACUUUGCAUAAAUUUCAUGUCGAUCCAGAUUUGGCAACUGGUCUCUUUGAUGACCACCAACAACAGACAGCCGCAAUGGAAUCGCAAAAUACAUCGGGCGUUGCUGCUAAUAAAUCAUCAAAUAAGUUUGUGGGUCUAACGGAAUUCGAUGAGGCAAAAAUACCAGAAUUACCAGGAGAUUUAAAUCCUAAUAUUGAAGAUCAAUACAAUGUAACAUUCGAAGAAUGUUUUAUACCAACAUUGACAGCUAGUCUGAAAGCAAAAGAAUUACAAACAAAAAAGGUACGCCUUUCAUUGCCAAAUGAAGGGGAUAACACUUCCAUGUCAUCGGCAAAUGAGACAUUUGCCGAUUGUCAGGAUGGAAAUGGCGUAGAAGAUAGAGAUCCCUUGGCCACAACAUUCGCUGAACAGCCUGCAUUGAAUACCACAGUGGAAGUUGGAGAUGGUGAAUGUUAUGAAAGUGCCUUGCUGGAUGAUGGUGAUGCAGAUGCAACAAUGGAUGUAGGAGGUUAUCAAACACAUGCUAUCGAAGAAGCUAUUGCCUCACAUCCACAACAAGAAAUUCCUGCCUCACUUGACUAUGAGGAGGAACCCAUGGAUGUGGAUAUGAAUGCCACCAUGGAAAUGAUACAAAAUUCCGCCCAAAAUAUUGAAAACGUGGAAAAGGCCAUACAACAUGCCGAGAAUAUAUUGCAAAACCUGGAGGGACCAACCCAGCCAAUUGCAAGCAAAAUGGAAGCUAAAGCGGAGAACAAGGAGGAGGAGGUAGAAAUAAAAAUAAUUGGUUCCAUUGCCAAGCCAACGGAAUCUUCAAAAAUGACCUUUGUCAUAAAUCCAGCCAAUAUUCCAAACAAACCAAAAGACGUCGUCCAACAUUUGGAAAUGGAGAAAUCCAAUCAUGAUAUUUCUUUGAAUAAAAGUAUUGAACUACCUUUGAAUAAAUCCAAAACAUUGAGUUCCGAAUGUGUUAUAUCAACAGUCAACAAUGAAAGUGGUGCGACAGUGGAGGCUGGAGAAAAAGAAAAUCUUGAUACUACCAAAGAAUCGACAGCAUCUAAUUCCAUGGAUCAAAAGAAUUUGACCAUUAAUGUUAUGAACACCAGCAACUCCAGUAGUGUCUCAUGCAAAAGUCCAACAUCCAAAUUAAAUGUAACUACAUCUCUAAGUACUUCUACGGGCAGCCUUAAAUCCUCGGCCCCCAAUUCGCCAUCGUUUCCCAUUAAAAAAACGACAAGUGACAGCUCCUUCCCCCAGUCUCCAAAAUUAAAAAUAGAUUCUCCAAAACCAACGUUUUUGGAGAAGUCUGACUACACAGCAAACCUGGAAAGUAAGGCCUGUGAAGAUGCUAGUGGAAAUGGUGAUAUGAAUGGAACAUUUGUGCACCCAGCACCACCAGGGAAGAAUACAAAUCGUCGUACUUUUGGUGUGGAUCAGGCUAGUGUUCUGCCCGUUCGUGAAGAGAAUAAGCGUCUCACAUUUAAUAUGGAUGAAUCUUCUAAUAAUGUGCCGGCAGAAAACAAACGUUUAACCUUCAAUGUACAAGGCGAGGAAGUUCCACCACAAUUGGGUACUACAUUCCCUACAAAAGAAAAAUCGGAAAAUACUAGACGUACUUUUUGUCUUAAUGAUGUUUCAGAACAAUCCAACAAAACGGAGGAGGCAAAGACAAGGCGCACAUUUAAUAUAUCCAGUGAAGAGCCAACACCAAUGGACACAAGUUAUGCACCCAUGGAUGUUGAUGAUAAUUUGCCCCAAAAUGCCACAAUGGCAAUUGAGGCGAGAUCCAACUCUCCAGCUUUGGAUGUCACCAAAGCGAUGACAUCUGCAUUCAAUGAAACUCGAUCACAAUCACCUUCCCUGCCUACAUUACAAGCUCGUGCUUUGCAAAAUCAAGCCCUGGCCAAUUCACCGCCCUUGCCUACUAUGCAAAAAAUAUCCAAUUCUCCACCCCUACCCACAAUGCAAAAUCGUUCACAAUCACCACCAUUACCCGCUGCUAGUAUGAAGAACAAGUUCAUUGCUAAUCAAAGUUCCGAAUCCCUAAAUUUCAUACAAAAGCGUCCAUCCAUUCACGCAGAAGUACUCUCCGAAAAGGAACAAUCCAACAUCAAAAUGAAAGAUGAAAAAGAUAUUUAUUAUGAAAAGUCAACACCUUCUCCCAUGGAAGAAGUGUUCACCGCUGUCUCGGCUACCUCUACAACUUUGACCAACACAUCGGGUUUCUCGGCCUUCGAUCAAAGCUCACCCACAACAUCAGCCCAAAAUAAAAGUUUGGGUCAACAGAUACCCGAUGAUGAGUUCCAAGGCAAUAGUAAUCUUAUUCUGAAUCCAUCCGAUUUCGAUUAUCUGCUAACCAAGGGCAAUAACAAUACACCAGUGGAUCGCAGUUCGUUGCUAUUGAAAUUUGAUCCAUUACUCGGCUGCCCUGUGCCGGUCAAUCAAGGACAACAAACGCAACAGCAGCAGCAACAACUGCACCUACAAAUACCCACUAAUCUCAAUAAUAAUCCUUGUCUAAGUCCAACCAUAGAAGAGGACGAGCUUAACGAAAGUACAAAUCGUUCAUUUGUUGUAGAUAACGCCAGGACAUCGCUAGGUAGCAGUGGUGGUGUUGGUGGUUUCGGUCGGUCAUCGGUAACAGGACCUGCAUUAUCCUCAAGUGCCAAAUUGCUAAAGGAACGGUCACAAGAAGUCAAACAACAGUUGUUACUACAACAACAACAACAGAAUAAACGUCAAUUACCCCAACCUGGAACAAAGAAUGCCACAAUGAGUGUCGAUGUGAUUAAGGAUAUGAGUUUAGAUAAUAACGAUUGCAAUAAAACCUUUGAAAAUUCCAAUUCCACACAACCCGAUGAUAAACAGAUCAACUAUAAAAUGGAUGAACUUGAAAAGAAAGUCAAAAAUGAAGUUCUCAAAACUGAGGAUAUUGAAAAGAAACUGAGAGAAGCUGAACAAAGGGAAGAAGCUUUAAUAAAACGUAUCACAGAAAAAGACAAAACUGUGGCGAAAAUGACUGGGGUAAUUGAAGCAUAUGAAAAAGCCAUAGCUGAAUUAAUUGCCGAAAAGGAACAGUUAAUACAGAAUUAUGAAAAACAAUUGGCCGAAGUAAAGGCCGAUCGUGAUUCAAAUUAUCAUCAUUUAACAUCACUGGAAACCACAUUUUCCGAUUUGCAUGUAAAAUAUGAAAAGAGCAAAGAAAUGACCUGCCAAUUAAAAGGAAAUGAAGAAAACUUAAUAGCAGAAAAUCGUAAAAAUGCCGAAAAUCUGCGAUUACAGGAGCAACGAUAUGAUAAAAUGAAAAAUCAUGCAAUGCAACAAUUGGAAAUAGCCAAUAAAAAACUAGAAGCUCUGGCACGAGAGCAUCAAUUGGAGACAACAAAACUGAAAGCCUUACUUAAAAAAGAAGAGAUUGCGCGAUCAUCUAUGAGCGAGCAACUGGCCCAAAAAUCUAAAGAAAAUGCAGAGCUUGUUAAGAUAUGUGAUGAAUUAAUAUCGGGCCAAGGAAGUUAAAGAGAAUCACGAGGAUUCGAUUUCAAUUUCUAGCAGAAUUGAAAUCUAGUCCGCAAUGAGAGAUGAUAUUUUUUACAUUAUAAUAAUAAUAAUACUAAUUAAUUUAUUUAAUGUUUUCUAAUUUGUAUUUUAGUUGCCUAAGCGAUGAUUUAACUAAAAAAAAAAAACAAACAACAACAAAACAAACAAAAAAACGAAUAAUAAGAAAUCUAAACUAAAGCGCACAUAGAACUUUUUAUUGUUUUUUUAUUAUUAUUUUGUAUGGAUAGAGUUUCUGGUUGUUGUUUUUUUUUCUCCCUUUCACACACUAUCCUUGAAAAAAGAACGUAAAAGGCGCUUUAAAACAGAAAUAAACAAAAACCUAUACUUUGUUUAGUUGGCAAAAAACAAUGAAAACUCUCAACUCAUUAAAUAUAAAGUUAUUUUAUAAGUAACACAAAAAAUACUAUAAAAAUGAAAAUAUAAAAAAAUACUACCAAAACAAACAUCAUCAUUUACUCAAGAGAACUUUGGAGUUUACUCGAAAACAAUCAACAAACAAUUCUUAUUUUUAGCAUGUCUAUUAUUAAUCUCAAUCUUUUGUUAAGCUAGUCUCGGCGAUUUUUAUUGUGUACUUUUGUUUCUUCUGUCUUUUUUAAUUCAUCCUCUCAUAAAGUUGAUACUCAACAACCUUAGCUACUGAUUUUUAUUUUAUAAACAAUUUAACAUUUAAAUUUGUUUUUUAACAUUCUAUUUUAGUUUUUGUUUAGCAUUUAUGUGUAUUGUUUUUUAUUUCCAUUGCAAUACAGACAGCCAAUAAUUUUUAAAAUACUAAAUGAAAAGUUUAAAAAAAGAAUCAAUAAUAAAAAAAAUACAUUGAUCUAAUACAUUCAAUGAAUAUUUUGGAAUUUCUAUUUUCAUAGGAAAAUAUCUUAGGUCAUGAUGAACUCAACCUGUACAGGGUGAGAUAAAAAUAAAACUGCAACAAAGUCAAACGCCAAAAUGUUUACAUAUAUAUUUUUUUAAUUUUAUUGAAUGAAAGCAAAAAAUAUCGGAAAUAGCAUCAAAUUUUUGAAUUUGUUUAGAUUUAUUCGAAUUGAUCACCUUUGCCACGAAUUAUGGACUUCAUGCAUGCGGCCAAUGCAGCCGUCAUACGCUGACCGAAUGUUGCUCUGCUGUAUUUUGGCCCAUUCCCGGCGAAUCGCUUGCUUGAGGUGAUCGACACUUUUGUAUUUUUUAGUGCCAACCUUGCUUUCCAAAAUACUACAAACACAACAGUCCAACGGAUUGGUAUCCGGAAAUUUUGGUGGUGCGCUGGAAAUGAAGCGAGGAACCUGAUUCUGUAACCAUUCUUGGUUGGCGGGUGCUGAGUCCUGUUGGAAUGUCCAAGUUCUGCGGCCAAAAUGUUUGUGUGCCCAAGGCUUUAAUACAUCCUCCAGAAUAUUUUCGCGAUAAUAUUCGGCAUUUAUUUUGAUGCCACGGUCGAUUAAUACGAGUUGGUUGCAGUUUUUUUCAUCUCACCCUGUAUGUCUUAUCUUAACCCAGACUCAGAAGUCUGUUUUAGCCAUUAACGCAAAAAUGUAAAGACAAUAUACCUAAAUAGAGGUAAAAUGGUUAAUAUCUUGGGAUAUUAAGACCAGAGUUGUCUGAAAAUAUCAGUUUUUUCCGAUACAUAAAUGACAUUAAUAGGUUUUUAAUGUUCAAUCAAUCUUGUAAAAUAUGAUCAAGUUGUAUUCUGUCUCAUACGUACUUGUGCAACACCUAUGAAUUUGAAAAGAACAUACGUAGGCACGAGUUAGAGAGAUAUGCUAUCCUAAAUUUGGUGUCUUGAGUUCUCAACCCAAAAUCUGGAGUUCUUAUAAUUUCUAUGUUUCUUUAUCCACACAUGUCAUUUCAAAAAUGUUUAUAGAUUGCAUUUCGAUGUUCUGUUCCCAAAGAAAUACAAAUAAUUUGAAUUGAGAAUAGUGUUGGCCUUUACUUGGGAUACCGAAUUUGUUUUGUUAUUUCCGCAUAAUUUAAAAUCUUCAUUUAUUUUGCAAAAAGAAAUUGAAUAUAAUUGCAUUUCCAAAUCAAAUUGUUUUCAAAUUUAAUAAAUGUGUAAUUUUCAUAAUUUGACCUACAAAUUAUUCGAAUACGUUCUCUACAAUUUACUUUCUUUUGUAGUCCCACGGUAUGUGCGAUUUUGUAAAACCCACACCAAUUAAAUGCACGCCACUUAAGGGUCACCGGGUGGCAAUUUCUACAUGCAAUUCUAUUAAAUGGAAUUUCACUUUCAUUUCAAUAAUUUGAGCAACGAAUUAAAUGAAAGUAUGAGUAAUUCCUUCCCCACAAAGAAAUAUGGCAAUUUCAACAAUUUUUUCGGAAUAAAAAAGUUAGUUGAUGUUGUUAUGUAGAACAUACGGAUUAUUAUUUUUAAAAGUUCUUUAGAAAAACGCGAAAAAGAUUUGGAAAAUAAUAUCGAAAUAAGAGGUAAUUGCUGACGAAAAUCAUUUCACCAAUUUGCAGUAUACAUGGCCCUGUUUCCAAAAUUACUUUUUUUAAAUGAAUACACAUUAAUGUUGUUUUGGCAUACCUUUGCAUUGGAUUUUAUUUCUGUUUUUUAAUUUAUUUUGGCUUUUGCAAGAAGAGUAUAAUAAAGAAAAAAACAUCUCCUUUUGAACGACGCAUUGUUAAAAUUGAAGAAAUUAAAAAAAAAACAUCUAUUUUUUAAACCACUAUAAAUCAUCAUUAAAACCAACUCAUCCUUCAUUUGAAAAAAAAAAAACAACUAAACGGGAAAAGGAAACAAAUCCUAUUUAAAUUUCCUAUGUAUAUCCUAUUUGUAUGUAUAAUUUAAUAUUUAUGCCUAUUUGUAGAGGAACCAAUUAUCAACCUAUAACAAAACAAAAACAAAUUAUAAUGACUGCUUCUGGAAACAAUAGUUUUAUGGCAAAAUGGAAGCUUUAAAACUAUGGAAAAAAAUAACAAAAAAAUAUAUAUAUACAUUUAAGUUAACUGCUUGUUUUGUAUUUGUAAUAUAUAAAUGAAAAAUCUAUGACUAUAUAUUAGUUGGAUUUUAAGUUACAAUAAUUGUUAAAUGCAUAACAAACCUACACACAGACACAUACUUCAACAUUAUUAACACUUGAAACCAAUAAAACCAAUGUAAUUUAGUAUUAAUAUUAUUUAAUAAAUUCUUAAAAUAUAUACACGUAUAUUAAAACUUUGCACAACUUGAGCUGUUUCAGAAUUUAAAGAGAAACGUUCGAGAUGUGCACACCUCCUCCCUCAUAUGAUGAAGAAAAUAAUAAUAAUAACAACAACAACAAAAACACAGCAUCGGUAUAGUUUUAUAUAGACGAGAUUUAGUUUUAAAUAAAUCCAAUGAGUUGAUAAGAAGAAGACAAAGAUGAACUAAAUAAUAAAAAGUUGCAAAAGAAAAUCAUUACUCCAGAAAAAAAGAGACACUUUAUUGAACAAAAAAAAAGAAAAGAAAUACUAAAUAUAAUAAAUAUUAAUACAUUAUAUACUAAAAA